AUGGGUCUGGAAGCCAAGCCCCUCGCCGUCCCCCACCCCUACUGGCCUCGGGACUUGGAAAUCCAGCACUACGUCCCCAACGACCGCCCCAUGUGGCAGAUCUUGGCGUUCCUGUUCUCCGUUUCGGGGGGCCUCCUGAUCCUGACUUGGCUGGUAGUGAGGUGGUGGAGCCGGAAGGACGCCCCCUUUGGGACGUGGCGCUCCUUGGCUCUCUGCUGGUUCAUGAUCUGCGGUUUCAUUCAUGGGGUCAUCGAGGGCUGGUUCAGCCUUUACCACACGGAGAUUGCGGGGGAUCUGUCCUUCCUCUCACAGCUGUGGAAGGAAUAUGCCAAAGGAGACAGCAGAUACAUCAUAUCGGACAACUUCACCGUUUGCAUGGAGACCAUCACGGCUGUUCUCUGGGGGCCUCUCAGCCUCUGGACAGUGCUAGCCUUCCUUUGGCGCCAUCCUCAUCGAUAUCUGCUGCAGCUGACGGUAUCACUAGGUCAGCUGUAUGGAGACAUUCUUUACUUCUACACCGAGUAUCGCGACGGUUUCAGCCACAGCGAAAUGGGACACCCCAUCUACUUCUGGUUCUAUUUCGUCUUCAUGAACGGCUUGUGGGUGCUCAUCCCUUCUCUUCUCAUCCUGGAUGCCUGGAAGCACCUCAGUGCCAGCCAGAGGGCAACCGACGCCAGCAAGUCGAAGAGACACUAA